AUGUUUGUUAAUGUGCUAGAAGAGGAGCAGCAAAAGAGGGCAGGGUAUAGCUCAAUGCCCCGUAUGGCGGCUCUCAUGCAGGAAUCCAUGGAGAGCGGAAGAUUCUGGUUUCAUGAGUUGGUAUACGCUUGUUUCGAAUCGCCCGAUAGCCGGGCUUGGGUCGCUAUUCGACAGCUGCUACCUUCUCUCGAUGACCUCGUGACAGUUUCCGGCCCUGAAAUUGACUCCUUCGUGGAUAGAAAAAUGGAGGAGCUACGGCGGUAUACUGUGGAAUGGGCGUCAAUGCAAGAGGAGAUCAAGCAAAAGGAGGCGGACUUCCAAGCUCUGAAGGAACGAGUAGAAGAGGAUGGAUGCGUUUAG